GGAGGAGGAGGAGGAGGAGGAGGAGUGUGUUCGUCGGCACACAGUCAGUCAGGAGCACCAGAGUCCCAGCGGCAGUUCGGGAGAGUCUGAGCGGGGAAAACUGCGUCCAAUACGGCAGAAGUCAGACAGGGGAAUCCGCAAUGAGUUGGGGAACGGAGCUCUGGGACCAGUUUGAUAAUCUGGACAAACACACUCAGUGGGGGAUCGACUUUCUUGAGCGCUACGCAAAGUUUGUCAAGGAGAGGCUGGACAUCGAGCAGAACUACGCCAAGCAGCUACGGAGCUUGGUGAAGAAAUACUGUCCAAAACGCUCUAAAGAUGAGGAGCCAAGGUUCACGUCAUGCCUGUCCUUCUACUCCAUACUGAAUGAACUCAACGACUAUGCUGGUCAGAGGGAGGUGGUGGCGGAGGAGAUGGCCCAUAAGGUGUACGGAGAGCUGAUGAGGUACAGCCAAGACCUCAAAGCUGAGAGGAAACAUCACUUACAGGAGGGCAGGAAGGCUCAGCAGUAUUUGGAUCAUUGCUGGAAACAGAUGGACAACAGUAAAAAGAAGUUUGAGAGAGAGUGCAGAGAAGCAGAGAAAGCCCAGAUUACCUUCGAACGGUUAGACAAUGACAUCAACGCCACCAAAUCAGAGGUGGAGAAGGCCAAGGCCCAGUUCUACCUGAGGACUCACAUGGCUGAUGAGAGUAAGAACGAGUAUGCUGCCCAGCUACAGAACUUCAACGCAGAGCAGUGGAAACACUUCAACAACGCCAUACCACACAUCUUCAAGAAUCUACAGGGCAUGGACGAACGUCGGACAGUGAAGCUUGGAGAGACGUAUCGGAGUUUUGCUGAGGCAGAACGGAGAGUCAUUCCCAUUGUCUCCAAAUGUCUAGAGGGAAUGGUUUCUGCUGCCAAAGCUGUCGAUGAGCGAAGGGAUUCGGCAAUUGUUGUGGAGUCAUUUAAGUCUGGCUUCGACCCACCAGGCGACUUCCCCUUCGAGGACUACAGUCAGAAUCUGAGCAGGACGGGUUCAGACGGGACCAUCAGCAACACGCCUAAAGGGGACAGGGAUAGAGACGGGGCUCCGGGGCCACGGCCAGACCCGAAACACCCUAUGAGCAGGACCAAGAACAAGCUGUGGCUGUUUGGGAAGAAACCAAAGGCCCCAUCUCUGGAGGACUUCAGCCACUUACCCCCUGAACAGAGGAGGAAGAGGCUGCAGCAGAGGAUCGACGAACUCAACAAAGAGCUCCAGAAAGAGAUGGAUCAAAGAGAUGCCCUGAACAAGAUGAAGGACGUGUAUGAGAAGAACCCGCAGAUGGGAGACCCCAGCAGUCUACAGCCUAAAAUAUCAGAAACCAUAUGUAACAUGGAGAAGCUGCGCUCUGAAAUCCACAAAAAUGAGACUUGGUUAUCUGAGGUGGAGGGAAAGCAGAGCUCCAGAGGAGACAGGAGACACAGCGCCGACAACCACCAUCACACUCCUCAAGGCAGAGAGAGUCCUGAGGGCAGUUACACAGAUGACACCAGUCAGGAGCAUCACAAACCUCACCACCGCUCCGCCCCGCCACAGCCCGGAAACUCCAACCCCGAUCCGCACGAGUUCGACGACGAAUUCGACGACGACGACCCGCUGCCUGUCAUUGGACACUGCAAAGCGCUCUACUCCUUUGAUGGUCAGAACGAGGGGACACUGGUGAUGGCAGAAGACGAGGUGUUGUACAUCAUCGAGGAGGACAAAGGCGACGGCUGGACGAGGGCGAGGAAGCAGAGCGGAGAGGAGGGCUACGUCCCCACCUCCUACGUAGACAUCACCCUGGAGAAAAACAGCAAAGGUUCCUGAGGGAUGCAGGGUGGCCGGGCGAUUUGAUUGGCUGGUGGAGGGCUCACGUUGAUUGCUGAUUAUUGGUGGUGGUGGAGGGGGGCGGCGAUGAGGGGGAAAGAGAGAGGUAGAGAGGGAAUGAGAGAUAAAGUGGCAGAUUUGCAUGUCUGCAUGCUCAUUUAUCCAUAAUCAGCAAAGCAUUCCGGGAUACCGGAGGAAGAAGGGAGGGUCACAAGAAGAAAAGUCGACGACCUGAAAGCCAAAAACACUGAUUUCAUUUAAUAAGGUGCAGCCACAGGAGAAGUCCCACCAUGAACGGGAGGAGUCUCUAAGCGUGUCUCCUGAUGGUACAGCAGCUUUUCAGACCGGAAAGCGACAGCAGCUGCGGCCGAACCUGCAGACAGCAGGUCGACGCGGUAAACAGGGACGUUUGUGCUCGUUCGUCAGCUUGGCGUCCUCAGUCCCUCCUCUCUGCCGCUGGGCUGGAAGAUGAAGCUGCUUCCUGGUCUGUAAGGCUGUUGCAUCAUGGGACUUCUGUGUUGGCUGCACAUGUUUGCCUGCCCUGUUAGGAAGUGGAAAAACCCUACUGAUGUUCUGCUUUCUCUGGGUUCAAACAUUCAAGUAUGUAGCACCUGCUGCACUACAAGAUCAGUGAUGGUGCAGGAAAUACAAAACACCUGACAGGACCUCACUAACACUAAUCACUAACUAAGGGUGAAACAUACACGUGUGCUUCAAGGUUUCAGCCCAGAGACAGCAGUGCAACAGCAGGUUUUCCUCUCUGAUCAGAGGCAGAUUUUUUCAUUAAUGACACACAGGAGCAUCUCCCCACCUCACUGAUUCACCAUCUGUUGGUGCUUUAGCAGGACAGCUUUCCUUUUUUAUGAAUUGAAUUAGUUCCUGUCGGAGCUGGUCCAAGGUUUGGGGACAAAGGUUUCUCUAAGCUUCAGUGGUCGUGGCUACCGCUGAAGCUUCUUCACGCAGUGAAUGGGCUCCACACGUCUUUAAAUUAGCAUUUUGAAAGGAAAUGCUCAUCACAAAAGAUGACAAGGCAACUGAGCAACUUCUUCAUCUACUGAAGGUUAUGAGAUGUGGCUGAAAGUUUGGGGAAACAAGUAAGUUAACGUUGUGAUGAGCUUUUUCUUGGUCAAACUGCUAUUUUUAAGGUCAUUAAUGGACCCUGAAUGUCAGAAUAUCAAAAUCUUUCCAUUUCCAUUUUUUUUUACCUCCAACUCGCACUUCAUACCCCAAACCUUUGAUUCAGCUCCUCAUGAGAGAAAAUCGGUUGAUUUUAAACUUCAGGGUUUGUCGGUUUUUGAGGGUCAGAUGUGCUCACAGUAUUUGCUGCCACUAACAAAGUCAGUUCUGCUCCAACUCAUCCGUGUUCUUUAUCAUCAUCACUGUCAUCAUCUGUGCUGUUGGUGAUGCCUGCCUGCCUGCCUGCCUGUCUGCCUGAGCCACUCUGCUCCUCAUGCCUGCCUGCCUUCACCCUCAUUCAGUCGCAUGUCCUUAACGUGUUCUUAACGUGUCCCAGACAUGAUCAAGUGUUUCAUUUGUGACAUUAACUUUGUUUGUGCAACUUUGGCUGAGUUGUGUUUUGAAUGCCAUCAUGAUGUUCUAAAGGAAAUCUAGCAUGAGUAUGAUUUUUAUAUACGAGCACUGAAUGUCUCCUGGACAGCAGCUGGUGAAAAUCAGAGCUACUUAUUUGUCAGAUAGCAGGACUGUUAGGUGAACACAGGACCUCUCUACCGCCUUUCUUUUCCCACCUUUCCUCUCCUUUUCUUCCUGGGUUGUAAUUCCACCAGUCGACCAGCAGAGGGGAGCCUUCCCUCACCAAACCACAGCUCAGCCCGAACAGGACAGGGCCACUUUGAGUAACGCCGAACGUCCAGAGGAGCUGUGGUGUCUUUUGCAGUAGGACCCUGCCUUAAACCUUCAUGUUGUUUUAACGUGAAGUGAUUAUUCCACACGCACACAGACAUCUGGAUGUGUCUGCUCUUCUGCCUGACUACAUCUCCCAUCAGCCACCUGGGUUCAGCCCCGCCUCCUCCUGGGACGCUCAACUGCUCUUAAUGAUUUUUUUUUUCCAUUUUAUCUUUUUUGUGAAUGUGACGACACGCACGCGUGUAUCAACAACAUGUAGGCAGGUUUAUGGAAGGCCAAGCAGGCCAAAAAACACAACUUUGCGUGUUUGUCUUCCAUACACAUUAACCUGUAAAGGUGUGUCUGUGUUACACGUGUGACGUUACUUUUUAUCGUUGAAUGAUUUGUACAUAUGAUCAUCUUUCAUGUCAUGCUGAAUGUGUUUCAAUGGUGAUUGUUUUUAGGUUUGUUUGAUCGACACUCUUCACGAGAGACUACAAGGUUUGAAUUGAACUGAUGCACUUUGCCCUGAAGUACUACAGCAUUUGAAUCUGCCUAAAUGAACGAGUGAAUGAACGAGUGAAUAAAUGAAUGAAUGAAGGUCUGUGUUGUCUGCUGAUGGAGGUGUGACCACUGCGGAGCAGAAAGAAAACACAAACGGCUCCAGUGACUCUCUCUUCCUGAUGGUUUUUAUACUCUUUUUGUAACUCUUGCUGAUCAGUGACCGACUUGUUUUGCAUGAUUUUUCUAGAUUCCUUGAAUUCAUUCUUCUUUCUGGUGAUUGUUUUUCAAUCGUUCACUUCAUCUCUUAAAUAGUCUAACAAAACUACACAUUUGAGGUAAAGUUUCACUUCCUUUUGAUGCUAUUCAAGACAAAAAUGCCACCAGUGAUGGAUCUGAAUAGCAGGUGGCAGCGCCUUCGUUGGAGUCUUCAGUGAAGCUGUGAAAUGUGCAGAAAGAUGCUGUAGGUGUUGUUACUUACACUGCUCCACAUGCCACAUGAGACAUUUUGCUUCAGACAUUAGAGAAGUGCCAUCAUUGUGAGGAAUAUUCACUUUCCACCACUCGAUGUUUGUUAGCUUUAGAUGGAGCCUGGCUAGCAGUUCUGAUCUGUUUCCAGUCUUUAUGCUAAGCUAAGCUAACAGGAUGCUGGCUGUAGCUCCAUGAGAGCAGUAUCAGCAAGAAAGUACCAGUUCAGUUCUUGCAGUCUGAUUUUUUGCUUCUCAUGACGAUGCUUUGUGCACAUAUUUGAUGUCAUGGUGACAACAUAAUUUGGGCUUUUUUUUUUUUCUUAUAGUAAAAAAGAUAUGUUGUGCAGUACAAUUUUCUUUUCAGUUUUAAAGCAGUUAGGGCUGCAGCUACUGAUUCAUUAUUUUUUAUUAAGAAUAUAAAUGCUAUUUAAAAAUUGAAUCAUACCUAUCAAAAGUUUUUUAAAAGCCCAAGAGGAUGUCUUCCGAUGCUGAUUCUGUUCAACAAACAGUCCAAAACCCAAAGAUUUCCAAUUAAAAAUUAUUUAAAGUGUAAGUCCUCUCAGUUGAGGAGCUGGAACCAUUUUCAUUCAAAACCUGUGGGAGGGCAAAUACCAGCUUCAGCACCAAAUCCUGCUUGUAAAUGUUAACAUGUGGAGCUGCUGAUCGUGUGAGGGGACAUGAAGAGAUGCAGCCACACACAGCAGUCACUUCUGUGUCCUGAUAGCUUCGUGUUUAGUUCCUGUCAGGAUGCUUGCGUGGCGUUUUUCUUACUCUCUCUUACUCUUAAGCAGACUCCAAACUUUUCAGUGUCAGUUGCCUGCUUUGAUUGUACCGUCCCUUGAAUCAAACAGUACAUGAUGUCAGUGGUAACACAGAAGCUUUUAAACUUACCAAAACAUUAACAUUUCUAUACAUGUAAAAACUGUGAGCUGUGUAUUAUAAUGGCCACUGUGCUGGAAUUCUGAAUAUUAUGCAAAAAGACAACAAACGAGUCAGCUUUGGGAUGUUAAAUAUGAUAAAGUUUGCAGUAAGUUCUCAUACAAUCAGUUCUCUACAGACAUCUGACAAGCUACUGUGACUGGUUUACCACCCAGCAAAAACCAGAUGUGUGUUCUUCUCCAUUCCUCUCCUUUAUUAAACUCUGAUCAUCUUGUUUGUCCUGUGGAAACGUUUAGCGACUGUGUACAGAUUCUCUCCAGCUGGUUAACUCAACAAUGAAACUGUUUUUGUCAGCAUUGACAAGCAAUCAGCAGGUACAAAGUGAUUCUGCAGGAUCUUAACAUCCAUGUAAAUGUGUUUUUUACCAUGUUGUACAUGUUGUAAUAACCAGUGGCAGUACUUCUCUUUCCAUGUUGAUGUGCACAUCUUUUUACUUUGAAUGUUGUCAGACACUUUGUGAACAAAGUCCUUUUUUUGUCUUCUUCAUUCAUUGUUCUAAUAAAAUAAGCAGCAAUGAAAAGUGGA